AUGGCCUUGUUGCGGUUCAGAGAAGGGUUUGAAAUCCUUAAAACAGCCUCUCAUAGGCCUUCUGCUUAUCCAAAAAUUCUAUCGUGGAAGCUCCAAGGGGACGGGAGUGCUGAUUGCUGCUCGUGGGAAGGAGUCUAUUGUGAUCAACAGACAGGUCAUGUCGACGGUCUUGACCUUAGUAGCAGUUUUCUCUAUGGUUCCAUAGACUCUGAAAGCAGCCUGUUUAGCCUUUCUUACUUGCGCAGCUUAAAUCUUGCUGACAAUCAUUUUAAUUACUCAUUGAUUCCAUCCAAAAUAGCUUCUCUUUCUAGGCUUUCAUAUCUUAACCUCUCAUCUUCUGUAUUUUCUGGCCAGAUUCCGUCAGAAAUCUUGAAAUUGUCCAACUUGACCUCCCUUGAUCUAUCUUUUAAUGUUGAUUUCUCAUCCCAGGAAAAUCUUUUGAAACUCGAGACACAUGAUCUACGAAGCCUUGCUGGAAACUUGACACACUUGAGAGAACUUAACCUCAGUAUGGUCAACAUUUCAUCUGCGAUACCUGAUUCACUGACCAGCUUACUCUUUUUGUCAGCUCUUGGGCUCAGAAAGUGUGGGUUAUAUGGUGAAAUUCCUAUUGGCAUCUUCCUGCUGCCAGACUUGCGAAUUCUUGAUGUUGGGAAGAAUCGUAAACUCAGGGGCCAUGUGCCUGAAAUUGUUGAUUCCAGUCUAAAGCUUGAAGAAUUAAGACUGGAUUACACAGAUAUCUCCGGCAAGCUACCAGACUCCAUAAUGAAACUCAAAUCUUUAAGGAUUCUGGAUAUCAACUACUGCCUUUUUUCAGGUUUCAUUCCAGCCACAAUCAGUAACAUGACCACACUUACCACACUGGACUUGAGCAGAAAUUAUAUUUCAGGCAAGGUUCCAUCCCUUGCAAGCAUGUCACAACUCUCUUACUUGUCACUUGCUCACAAUAAUUUCACCGGAAAGAUAUCAACAUCCUUUGCAAAUCUUACCAGUCUAACUCAUUUAGAUCUUGGUAAUAAUAAAUUUUCAGGGAUUGUCCCAUCUUGGUUUAUGAACCUAACUCAUUUAACACAUCUUGACCUCUCUUACAAUACACUGCAGGGAUCAGUUCCAACAUCAUUGUCACAGAUUGAAAAUCUUGAAUAUCUCAAUCUUUUUCAUGCUAAUCUCAGUGGCAUUGUCGAAGUAGAUAUAUUUCUUAGAUUAAAAAAGUUAACUCAUCUCAAACUUUCGCAAAACUAUUUUUCUGUUGUAGAAAAUAACCAAACCAAUAUUACUCUUCCGCAAUUCAAGUACUUGGCUUUGAGUGGAUGCAAAAUAAAGAAGUUCCCACAUUUUCUAAGGUUUCAAGAUGAACUAGAAGAUUUGUUCCUUGAUUCAAAUCAAAUUGAAGGUCUUAUACCAGAAUGGAUUUGGAACAAAAGCAGAGGAAGCAUGGAUUCGAUAUGGCUUGGAGGAAACCAACUAACAGGAUUUGACAAUAAUCCAGCUGUUCUUCCAUGGACUCGUUUACGUUUACUGGAUUUAGAAGAUAACAUGAUGCAAGGUUCUCUCCCAGUUCCUCCAGCAUCGACCCUAACUUAUUUUGCAUCAGAUAAUAGAAUGACAGGGGAAAUCUCGCCUUUGAUCUGCAAUGCAAAAUCUCUCAUUCUGUUACAAUUGAGCUACAACAACUUGGUCGGCGAGAUUCCUUCAUGUCUAGGAAACUUCAGCAAUGAUUUGAUGAUAUUGAAUCUAAAAGCGAACAACUUUAGAGGGGUCAUACCUGAAAUGAGUCCAAAACUGAAGAAGGUGGAUUUAAGUGAAAAUCAAUUCCAGGGAAAAGUACCAAGAUCAUUAGCAAACUGCACCUUGCUUGAAGUUCUUGAUCUGGGAGACAAUCAAAUAGAUGAUUCAUUCCCUUUAUGGCUUGGAACUCUUCCAGAACUGCAGGUCCUAAUCUUGCGAUCCAACCUGUUCCAUGGAACAAUAGAGAAUCAUACCACCAAUUCAGAGUUUCCAAAGUUGCGAAUCAUCGACCUCUAUAACAAUUCUUUUGCAGGAGAUUUGCCACUGGAACACUUCAAGAACUGUGAUGCCAUGAAAUUCAAGGUAGACAAGCUGGAAUAUAUGAACGUCAUACUCCUCCCUCUAAUUGGGGGUUGGACACUCUAUGAAAACUACGGUAUUACAGUCACAAACAAAGGCAAUACGUUAUCUUAUCAGAAGGUUUCUAACCUGAUUACAUUUGUUGAUCUCUCUAGCAACAAAUUCGCAGGAAACAUUCCAGACUCCAUUGGAAGCUUUUCCGAUCUUCAGUCCCUCAAUCUUUCCAACAAUUUUCUCAGUGGUUCUAUCCCAAAAUUCACAGAAAACCUCACUGCUCUGGAGUCAUUUGACAUUUCUAGAAACAAUCUCACAGGUAAGAUCCCUCCACAGCUAGCAGGUCUAGGAUUCCUUGCAUAUUUCGACGUAUCUUUUAACCGUCUAACUGGACCGAUACCACAAGGGAAACAGUUUGAUUUAUUUCAGAACGACUCCUACAAAGGAAACAUGGCAUUAUGCGGACCACCUCUAUCCAAAAAGUGUGGAAAACAGGCACCACUGUCACCACCGUUAAUCUCUCAAGAAGACGAUGAUUCUAAUUCCUUCUUGAAUGUGGUUGGUGUGAUUAUUGCGUCCAUUGGAUUUGGAAGUGGACUAAUAGGUGGAAUUAUAUAUGGGGACAAGUUAGCAACCAAGUGCUACAUGUAUAUAACUAUUCGCUUCUUGUCAAAGUAUAUGAAAUAG